AUGGGGAUGCAGGACAUCACCACCUACAACGACAAGUAUGUCGUUUUGUAUGAUUUUGGUGACAUAGCCUACGAUGAUGCUGUCAAGGAAUUCAAAACUUUACUCGCAGACCUUGAGGAAGCUGGUCUUGAUGUCGAAGUCAGAGCAGGCUAUGAACAAACUCUUCUCUUCUUCGUCAAAGCCCCUCACAACCUUCUUGGAAACUGUGUCUACAAAUCAAGAGUGAAGGAUUGGUUAUACGGCAUUACGCCGAACCAUACAGGGGGCGACAAAACUACCGUCGUUAAUGGUGCAUUUGAGGCAGAGGAUAUCCUAUCCGUCUAUCAUAUCGUCAACUGGUCAAAAGAUCUCGGUGGUGCAGGUAUCACCCCGGGUACUGGCAAGUGGGAGAAUGUCAAGGCGAUUUUCCCACUGCACAAUACAAAAGUCAACCAGUCUCUUCUCAGUCAUUUAAGCAGGAGGUUUUUCCUGGCGGCUGAGGAUAUCGAUAAGAUUCGAGAUCUACACGGUUCAAAGAUUGCAUUUUACUUCGCAUUUAUCCAAGCCUACAUCAUCUUCCUCACAUUCCCCGCCAUCACCGGAGUCAUCGCCUGGCUGUGGCUCCCGCGGUACUCUCUCGCCUAUGGGAUUCUUACAAGCGUCUGGUGCACCGUCUUCCUGGAGUACUGGAAAAUACAAGAGACUGAUCUGAGUCUCCGAUGGGAUGUCAAGGGCAUUCACCACGUCAAAGUCAAUCGGCCGCAGUUCAAGUAUGAGAGAGAAUACACUGAUGAGAGUGGACGCAAACACUACUACUUCCCCCGAUGGAAGAAAGUCGUUCGCCAGCUUUUACAGAUUCCCUUUUUGCUUUUUGCCUUUCUGGCAUUAGGCGUCACUAUCGUUGCUGUCUUUACAAUCGAGAUCCUGUUCUCUGAGACGUAUGCAGGACCAUACAAAGACUACCUGGAAUAUCUCCCCACAAUCCUCCUCGCAGUUUCACUUCCCUACAUCACCUCAGCACUCGAAGACGCAGCAGAAUGGAUGACCGAAUUCGAGAACCACCGAACCGCCGACCUUCACGAAAUGUCACUCACUCAAAAAGUCUUCGUUCUCAACAUGUUCACAAACUACCUUCCCAUUUUCCUUACAGCAUUUAUUUACAUCCCUUUUGGGGACAACGUGGUCCCCAAACUUGAGAGCGUCCUCUCCACGGCUUUCGCAAGCGUAGGAAAGAAAUUCGUUAACCAGCCGUUCCAUCUGGACGCCGAUCGACUGCGAAAUGAGGUUAUCGCACUUACUGUCACGGGCCAGAUUUCAAGCUUUUUCGAAGAGAACAUUGUCCCGAUGCUCAAGCAUAAGCUUUCGGGCAUGUAUAGGGAUUACAAGAGAAAUCACUCGAAGGGCGAUAUGCUACUCGCGAUAGUAAAGGACGAUCCUGACGAAGCCACCUUUUUAUCUCGGGCGCGUAACGAGGCAAUUCUUCCCAAAUACAAUGUCCAAGAUGAUAUCGCCGAAAUUGUUUUGCAGUUCGGUUACCUAGCUCUAUUCUCUCCGGUCUGGCCAAUCAUUCCCAUGGGCUUUCUCAUCAACAAUUGGAUUGAACUACGGUCCGACUUCGCAAAGAUAUCACUUGAACACCAACGCCCGGCUCCUGUUCGAUCCGACGGUAUCGGUCCCUGGAUCUACUCCCUCGAGGCCUUGACCUGGCUUGGAAGCAUCUGCACCGCCUCUAUCGUCCAUCUCUUCAGCGCGAACAAAGUCGGCGAGACACUCGGCAGCUGGGCCACACUCCCCGUCACGGUCUUCAUAAGCGAACACGUCCUCCUGCUCCUCCGCUCCCUCGUGCGGUUUACUCUCCAGCAGAUUGGUUCAGAGCGUAUCCGGGAGGAUUACAACCAACGCUACGCAAACCGAGUGAAGCACCUCGAAGAAAUGGAGACUAAGAAGGAGACAGGAUUGGCAGUGCGCGAGGCUCACAGGGAGCGUCGAAAGUCGGUUCUUGACCUGGAACGUGAUCCAUUCUGGACGAAGCAGGUGCAGGAUGGAGCUAGUGAGAUGGCCGGUAUUACUCUCAUUCAGCAAGUCAAGCGCAACGAGACCUCAGGGGUACAAGAGAAGGAAGAAUAG